UCCGUCAGAAGCAUUUCGUUCCGGUAUUUUUCGUUUGUAGUUGAGGGAGAAGUGUUAGGUUAUUAAAGGAAAAUGGCCAUAUUUACUGACAGGUUACCGGAUAACCCUAAUCUAGAUAUUCGCUAUGGCUAUUCCAUGAUGAUAUCGACCAUAGUCUUCUUUUUUAUUGUCAACCUAGUGAUCAGCUUCGUCGGUGCACCCAAAUCUGUUCGAGACGAUGUGUGGAAAUGGAGAAACUUACUUGUUUCGUGGGUACAUGCUUUGAUUUGCUCCGUGUGGGACCUGAGCAGUUUUAUCCUGUACCCGGAGAUGUUCAAGGACCUGCUCGUGUACAGCAACUACUACCAGUACUACUUAGUGGCCUUCUCCACAGGUUACUUCACAUAUGACUUCCUGGACAUGAUCUACAACAACAAGAUCUUCAAGAUGUGGGAGGUCACUCUUCACCAUUUAGCUGUGAUCUCCAUGUUCUGGUACAACAUGCAUUACCGCGUGGCUAUAGCCUUCAACAUGGUGGCUCUCCUGGCCGAAGUCAACUCCUUCUGGCUUCACUCCAGGAAGCUGCUGCAGAUGAUCCAGAUAAGAUUUGAAAACUGGAUCUACAAGUUCGUUGCCUUCAUGAACCUCGUCACGUUUGCUAUAUUUCGAGGAUUGUCCCUAGUGUCCAUUACGAUCGGGAUGUGCUUCUGGUACGAGCGGGUGACUGCCUUAUAUUACUUCAGCCUGGGGUCGUCCAUGGUCGUCAUGAACGUUAUAAACCCCAUUCUCUUCUGGAGGCUUUUGAAGAGUGAUUUUCUACGGACAAAUCGGAGGGAGCCUAAAGUGGAAAAAUGUGCUGUCAAUGGCCAUGGGAAUAACAAUGUCAAGGUUAUGCAUGAACAUGUGAACUAAUCGUAUAUAAUUGCAGUAUUUUAAUAUCAUAAUGUAUGUAUGAUAUUCUUGUGUCAAAAUGGACUAUUUUCUGAUGUCAUGUUACAUUUGUGAAUCACACAUAUGUUUUUUAUCUCAUACGCCAUGAUGUGCCCACGAGUUGUUUAAGCCAGGGUUCACAAAUUUCAUAAGCUCGUUGGUAGGGAGGUAUGCGGUAUCUCUUCUGCAACUAAUGCCAAGAUUAGAUUCUGUUUCAUAACUUCAAGGCUCAAGAUCUCAUUCAAACUCGGAAAACAUAAAUUUACUUGUGAUGCAAAUGUAUACAAUACCUUAAAAUAUUGGUUUUUAGAACUUUUAGAUAUCUUUCUGAUUCAUUCAAGAAAAGGUUUUCUUAUAGUUUUAAGUGAUAUUUUGCUCUUAGCAAUUUUUGACAAAAUUAUCAAAAGCCAUUUACAGAUUUUUUAAGCAUUUUAAAGUGUUUUUUAAAAGCGAAUUGAACUAAAAUACUUCACUGCACACUGAAAGACUAGAAUAUAGCAAGAAAUGGUCAGUGUAUUCUUCACCGUGAAUGUUCUGAUAGUUUUCCUGAAACAAUUCAGGAAGUGAUGGAUUUUGAAUUGUCAUCGUCUUCAAUGGAUAUGUGAUCUGUAAUCUCAUUAAAAUCGGAUAUAUCACUCCAAUAUGAUAACUUUCUGGGUCAAGAGAUGAGAAUACCUCCAUGGAGGGUUGUGUAGGGUGAAACCCGAUUGAACAUUGUUCGUCCAGUGUAAAUGAAAGAUGCACUAGUAAAUCAGAUGUUAGAUUUGUAAAACAAUGCAGCUUUCUUCAAAACAAAAUAAAAUCCUUACAGGACA